AUGAAAGAGUUAUCUGUUGGAAAAACAGUGGAACACACCAUACAGGGAAAGUUCAAAAUUCUACGUCACAUAUACGAAGGACCGUUCUCAGAUGUUUUCAUCGUCUCAGCUCUCAAUCUUAAUCACAAAGAGUAUGCUAUGAAAACAGAAAAGCAGGAAGGGAAUUCGCGACCUGUCCUUCGAUUAGACGUUUUAGUUUUGAUGGAUCUUAAAGGUGUUGUCGGAUUUCCGAAGUUCAUCGCCUCAGGGCAGACAAACUUUACCAGGUACUGCAUUAUGCAAUUGAUAGGACCCGAUCUUGGCAAAUUACGGAGAACGUUGAAGGAAAAAAAAUUUUCUGCAAGUACUUCAUUAAGAAUUCUGCAACAAACUUUGAUGCGAAUUGAAACUUUACAUGACGCUGGAUGGUUGUCGCGAGACAUCAAAGCACCCAAUUUUGCAAUUGGCGUCGGGCAGGAGACAAGUCUUAUUUAUAUGUUGGAUUUUGGUUUCUCCCGAAAAUACUUAACCGCAAAUAAAGUUAUUGUCCCAGCAAGAUCGUCGGCUGCUCUGUUGGGGACUUUCCAAUACACAUCUUUAGCCAGCCAUGAGCACAAGGAUCAAGGCAGGAAGGAUGAUUUAGAAAGUUGGUUCUAUAUGGCCGUCGAGUUGUUCAAAGGUCCGUUACCAUGGAGUUCUAUUAAUGGACAUAAAGAUCAUCAACUAAUUGCAAAUUGGAAGAAGAGCAUCCGAAACGAGAAAAGAAAUGAGUUUCUCCGAAACAUUCCUGCACAAUUCAAUCAAAUCUUGAACAUCAUCGAUGAAGCGUCUUUUUAUGAUCGCCCAAAUUACAACAAAAUACAAAAUUUACUACAAGAAGCAGCUAAGGAAUGGAAACUCUCGUUAGAGGAAUCUUUCGAAUGGGAGGGAAACAAUCGAAUGAUUAAAAAAGCUUUUUAUGUCAAAGAACUGGGGGAGUCACAUUUGGCUUCUCUUUUAAUGGCAGAGGAAGUAGAUUUGGAUACAACUCCUGUAGACAUUGAAACGACUUAA